UGCAGAAAAGCACAAACCCUAAUUCAUCAAAUCUCCAUUUAUUUAUUUUUAUGGAAACCACUUGGAAACCACCUUCAUCAGUCUUCUUCCUCCUUUUCUCCUCUCAGUUUUCUCCUUUUCACACUACAAACCUUUCUUCAUAUUUCUCUCCUUCUCUCUUCUAUCUCUGAUUUUCUCUGGUUCUCUCUCUUCAUAUUCUAGGUAAUUCUUUUUACCAGAUAUGUGUGGAUUUUGUUUCGAUGUGUCCGCCACCGAUCUGAAUUUCUUAUAUUCUUCGUUUUUGCUUGGCCAGAAAAUUUAUGUUUUCUGAUUCAAGUAUAUUUCCUGAUUCACGGACUACAUGUUUUUCUCGUAUUUUAACGAGAAACAUGAUUAAAAUUAUGUUUAGUUUUUUUUUAUUUAUUUUUAUUUUUUAUUUUUUUAAUUUUAAUUGGAUAGCUAGGUUGAAGAUGUUAGCGAUAGGUUUAAGAUUUUUUUUUUCAUUCGAAUCUGAUAAGAUUUUUUUUCCCCUUUCUUUUGUGGUGUUUAUUCUCUUGGGAGGAGAUAACGCUCUCGGUCUCGGUCUUCUCCCCUUCUCUCUCUCUCUCAUUUGAUGUUUUGUUAUCGAGUUUGUUAGUAUAAUUCUUUAAAUUUUAUUAAUUGAUAUUUUCAUUAGGUAAUCUGGAGUCUGGUCUUACAGAUUUAGAGCAAUAAAGUAAAUAGAUAAUUAUCCCUUUCGAUUACUGAAGUGUCGUCCUAAUUAUAAGAGAGUAUCUUAGUGAAUUGAGCUUGUUUCUGAUCUAUUUGUUUAUCGCAGGGCUAUUGUAUUUGGACUCAUGUCAAUUCCAGGAAAUGCAGAGUCUGGGACAUUUUCCGGGCAGCAGCAGGUACACCAGCAGCAGUCUCUUAAUUUUUCCAGUGCUAUUCCUAUAAAGAAGAGACGAUUUCCUGUAUUCCAACCAUGUUCUCCUCCCCGAGAAGAAAAGCCUUCGGUUUUGGAGGACCACGAUUCAAAGAAAAAAGAAGAGCCUAACGGCCAAGAUGGAGGGAUGUCGUCAAGUGAAGCAAAAGAUUCUGCUUCUCUGGUUAACUCGGGCGUGACGGGGAGUUGUGCUUCAGCAGUUGAAAAUGAAGUUGCUCCAUUGAGUCUACCUAAUGUGGAUAUUCUCGCAUCCAAGCCUGUGGAGGCAAAUCCCAGAAUUAGUUUAGGUUCUCUUGAUGAUUCAGGGAACAAAAUGGUUAUCGUGCAGAGUGAAAAAUCUUCCGAACCUGAAGUUCCUGACAGCUCCAUGAUUGCUCAAACAGCACAUGUAAAGCAGGAAAUUGUUGGUGGACAAACUGAAGGUACCUGUGGACUUCAACUCUCUAGUGGCAAAAUGAAUGUUGAAUUGUCAUUAGGACCAAAAGGAUCGGUUAUUCCUGCUUCGGAACAUCAACAAAAGGAAGCCAAUUUCCGUAAAUCUGACAAAUUAGAAUCUUUGUUGAGUUUGGGUUUACACGAGGAAAAGCUUGUUUUGCGUGACAAGAAAGAUAUUGCUACUGACUCCAGCAAUCCUGUAUCUGCUAAUCGAUCAAAUUGGGAUUUGAACACGACAAUGGAUGUAUGGGAGGGUUCUACCUGUAGUGAUGCAUUUGCUCACGGGCUUGUUAAUAUUGGUGGAUUCAACAAGAGUGAUAAUUGUGGUGAUAAUAAAUCUUUGUUGACUAUAGCGAGCACAGCUUAUCUUGGUUUUAAUAAAGGAAAACAUGUUUUAGAUGGUCAUACAACCAGCUCUUCUAAAUCAUCUCCACAAGAGUGCAAGAUGGAUGAUUCGCUUGGUCUGAGGCUUGCUACCCCGUUUAUGGAUACUGGCAGGGAGCGCUCAUCUUUAUCUGACAACUUAGACCUUACUAGUGUCGGUCCAAAUUUGAGUUCGAAACAGGUGCAGCUACCCAUUGUGAAUGUGAGUAGGGCUGUGAAAUCUGAACCUAUUGAUGAUAAUUCAAAACGUGACUGUAGCAUAGGUAGUUGUAGCAGUACCAAUAUGGAAUCUUCAAAGCUUAGUUCUGUGAAAAGAGAAUGUGCCAAUAACCACAGCUUAGAAACAAUAUUGCAGUCAUCUACAAGUCUUGUGAAAUUAGAUGACUGUAGAUCAAUAAAGUCUGAAGUGGUUCAAGAGCACAAGCAAGAAGUCUGCAAUCCAAAGGAUGCUGCUACACUACCUGUUGCAAGAGUUAUGCAGCAUCAAGAUAGCAGUGCAUCUUCUUCUGCCGUGCCAGUUUCUUUGUUGCCUCAGAGUAUAUCUCCUGCACGGUUGCCAACUUGUUCAGAACUAACUACAAAUGGAGAUUUUGUAAAUCAAUCUGAACAAUCUUUUCAUGGUAAGGAAUCUCAGAGCAAUGACAAGCCUGAUGAGGCGACCACUAUGCCUAUCAGGGAGGACAAUAACCAAUUAAGACCGUUCGAGUUAGGGAUUUCCAGUGUUGUAGAUCAGGAUAAGUUUGAAUUGGCUCGGAUUGAUGAGAAUGCAGUUGAAUUUUGCCAAAAUGAUGAUGCAGCUGAAUGUGGUGAGGUAGACAUGGACAUUUCCAAUGAAACGCUUGAAGAAGAUUCCUCUGGCUCUGAUACUGAAUCUGCACAAAAUUGUGCCGUUGAUACUGUGUGUGAAAAAGAAGAUGAAGAAUAUGAAGAUGGCGAGGUUCGAGAGCAUGUACCACAUUCAGCUGAAGGAGAUCCUAUUGUUGAGGGAAAGAACAAUGAUAAUCUAAAACUUGUCAGGUCUGAUUCACAAAAUUUGCAGCCUUCUGAUCUUUCGGUUGGCCAAAGCAUCAGUACAUCUUUAUUCAAGGAAAAAGAUGUUGUAGAGGAGAAUCUUGAUGAAACUGAUGGUGACCCGAUCAAAGAUCAUGUUGGUGUUUGUUAUGAGCCUAACAGUGAAGACUCAUUGCAAGAAUCUUAUGAAGUGUCAGAAGUAGUAGCUGAUGAGAAAAAAGCAACCGGUGUCACUCCUGAUAGACAACUUGAUAUGUCAGUAGAAGAUGUGCAUGAAAGCCAAGUGUCCUGUGGUAUUCCAACUGAUGGAAGCCAUGGGAUUGAUGCUGAAAUUGGUGGUGAGGCCACUGCUAAGGUUUUUGGAGAAAACUGCUCAGGCGAGGGUGAUUUGACUUUGUCUAAGGUUGAAGCAUGUCUAAAUGACCACGAUGCUGCUAAGGAUUCCAACAAUGCUGGCAAUAAGAGCCGCAUCAUAAAUUUAUCACGUCCUUCUGCUAUGGCAGCUCCUUUCAAAGCAAAAUCUAUUUCAAAUAGGUUACUGACGUCACGAAGUGGAAAAGAAAGAUAUUCUGAUUUUGAUGGAGAGAUGCAACCAAGGGGAAAUAGAGAUGAAUUCUAUACUGGCGGUUCAAACAAAUUUGUGAAAGAUAGGGUCUAUGAUCAGUCGGUCAGGAAUUCUAGACCAAAUUUCAUGCCUGGAAAAGGGAGAAUCUCUGGUCGUUUUGGCUCCUUCCGUGGUGAUUGGAAUUCUGAGCAGAACUUUGCACCAGAAAGUUCUUACGGCCAAUCCGAUUAUCGAGUAAUCAGACGUAAGCACACUUCAUCUAUUUCUGAUGCUGAUCUUGAACGCAAUGGCUACAAUAUUCCACAAGACGGCACCUCUUUUGGUGGUAACAGAAGGAAGACAAUGAAUGAUGAAUUUUCUUCACUACGCCGUGCAUCCUUGAGGAGAGUCUCUUCUGGAGAUAGAGAUGGUCCUGUUACAAGGGGCUUUCAGAUGCUUCACAGGAUCCCAAGAAAUACAAGUCCAAGACGCUGUUCUGGUGAGGCUGGUGCUGACAUGAUGGGACUUCGAAAUGAUGACAAGUUUAUGCAGCAUUUAUCUGAUGAUGUUGUUAAUCCUGUCUACGCUCAGCCACAAGCUAUGUAUGAAGAACUUGAUAAUCAGCUUGUGCGUGGGAACAGGAACUUCUCUACCACCCUGCAAAGAAAGGGUUAUCCUCGAAUUCGCUCAAAAUCCCCAGCUAGAUCUCGAACACGUUCUCCUGGUCAAUGGUCAUCUCCUCACAGGAGAUCUCCCAAUGGACUUCCAGAACUUUCUCAGCAUCGAUCUCCAGCUUUGUAUAGGAUGGGAAGGAUGAGAUCUCCUGACCAUCCUUGUUUUCACGAUGACAUGGUUGCUAGAAGGCGUGGAUCUCCUUCCUAUGUUGCACGACAUAAUAAUGACUUGAGAGAAGUUGAUUCUGGAAGGGAGCAUAUCCAUCCUAGGACUGCUGAUUCUAAUAGGAGAGACUCACCAGGACAUUUUUUUCCUAGAAAUACUAGGAGAUCUGAUGCAUUAGAUUCUCGAGAGAUGGGAGAGGGUGAAGAGUACUUGAAUGGGCCAUCACAUUCCAAUAAGUUUCAUGAGCUUCGUGGUGAUGGCAGCAUUGAUGAUAGAAGAAAGUUCAUAGAGAGGCGAGGACCUGUCCGUUCAUUUCGACCAAAUUAUAACAAUGAUAAUGAAAAUUUUAGAUUUCAUCUGAAUGAUGGACCCAGGCCAUACAGAUUCUGUCCGGACCCAGAUACAGAAUUUGUUGAGAGAAGUAAUGCUCGAGAAAGGGAAUUUGAUGGGCGAAUCAAGCAUCAAUCUCUGGCUGUACAACGGAGAAUUAGGAAUAUUGAAGAGCAGCAGGAUGGAAAUUACAGACCUCCUGUAGAACGGGUCUGGCAUGAUGAUGGAUUCACUGAUGCUAGAGUGAAAAGAAGAAGAUUUUGAGUUGCAACUGCCCUUUUUAUAUCCGGAUAUAGCAGCAUCCGGUGCUAACAGCAAUUCUGCAUGUGCAUGAAGUUUGCUGGAAUACUGAAGGGACAUCAAGAUGUCUGGUCCGGUUUAACUUCAUGGAAAACAAGGGUUAUUCAGCUUUGCUUGCUUGACAUCUAUGAGAUUGGUAUAGAAGGCUGGGAUUCUUGAAAAAUAAUGUGAUAAUAACCAUCUUGAUUGGCAACAUAAGCUUGUGGUUAAAUACUUGGCUGGUCCUGGUGGUGCGUGCAGGCAUUAUCAUGUUAUUGGCCUAAACAUGGGUUCAUUGCAGCAUCAUGAGUGGAGUUUCUAAGUUGUCUUGAGUUGUUUUACGUUGGUGCUCAUAUCACUUGUAAAUUCUCAUAUCUAGCCUCUAAUAAUUUGUAGCUUUAGGUUCAGUCUUGGUGCUCAAUAGAUGGAGUUUUUUACGUAAUAAUAAAGAUUUCAUCACAAGUUGCACUGAGAUUGAUAUUCCUCUGUAUACUGUGAUCUUGCGGAAGCUUGAGCAUAAGGAAAAUAUCACCACUUAAAACAGAGCAACUGGUGUAGUAACUCUUGUCUUACUAUUCUCUUUGGUUGUGACUGCAUUGAAAUUAUGGAAUGCUCUUCAUUGUUCGA